GGGUCAGUCUUUGGGUGAAUUUCAGUGAAGGUGCAUCUCGGAGUGUUUCUUAGUGGUAUAAUGUGCCUCAAAGUGAUUUUAGUGAUGCUUCUGUGCAGCUCUAUUGAGGCAUUCAUUGCUGGGAAUAAUCCUCGUUUAAAUCGUGUAAAUGUUUCAACAACAACAACACCCAAUCCAAGUGUUGCACCAACCCCGGAAGUUGAUGAGAUCACCUACCCCAAACGACCGCAUAUCAUCAUUCUCAUGUCCGACGAUAUGGGCUUCAAUGAUGUGAGCUUCCGCGGAGCUUCGGCUCUUUUUACGCCCAACAUUGAUGCUCUUGGCUAUCAAGGAGUCAUCCUCAAUCGACACUACUCCGCAAAAUCCUGCACUCCAUCACGGGCUGCUCUCCUUACGGGGAAGUAUCCUAUUACAACGGGGUUGCAGCACAAUGAGAUUGGAAAUUGUCAACCCUAUGGCCUUCCAUUGGGCCUUAAACUCUUGCCUGAGUACCUCAAACAGGCCGGGUAUCAAACGCACUUAGUUGGGAAGUGGCAUUUGGGUUUUGCCAGGAAGGCCUUCAUUCCAACUGAACGAGGAUUUGACUCCUUCUUUGGCUUCUACACAUCAGGCCUUGAUUACUAUAAUCACACCAGCAAUGGGGAUGUUAAAGGUUACGACUUUCGGAGGAAUGAAGAUGUAACCUACGAAGGCCUAGGACAGUACUCAACCUACUUAUUUACCAAUGAAUCCUUGAGGAUUAUUAGAGAACACAACCCGAGUAUACCACUGUUCCUUCAAACAUCCUACAGUGCACCACAUGCAGAAAGCGAAGACAUCAAAUCCGUUGCACCUCAGGAGGAAAUUGACAAAUUCAGCUAUAUACCGGAUGCAGAAACAAGAACCUACGCUGCAGUUGUAUCAAUCCUAGAUAGAGGAAUUGGGGAAAUUAUUCAAGAGCUAGGGAGGAAGAAGAUGCUAAGUAAUUCUGUAAUUCUUUUCCAAUCUGACAACGGGGGUGGAUCAUCAGGACCUUUUUCAACGAGAACAUCAAACUAUCCACUUAGAGGGCAAAGACAAACAAUCUGGGAGGGAGCAACGAGAGUUCCUGCAGUUUUCUGGAGUCCUCAAAUGGAAGUCCGCCAUGGAAUACUUAAUCGAAUAACCCACGUUACAGACUGGCUACCAACUUUUGUUGCCAUGACCGGAACAAGACCACUUGAGAAGUUAGAUGGUUACGAUAUUUGGCCGACACUCAUGAAGAAUCUUCGUAGUCCAAGAAGUGAAAUAAUUCACGAUAUUGAUCCAAUUGAUGGGCUCGUUUCGUACUACCGUAGAGGAUGGAAAUAUGUCAAUGGAACAAACAGUGGUGGCCUGUAUGACUCCUGGUUGGGAGUCAGAUCGCAAUACCCUAACCCUAAUGAGAAAAACUACGUUGAUAAUAUUAGGAAUAGCUUAGCUUGGAAUGCUUUGGCGCCAUUUGCCCAACGUUCACUGAGCGGGAAGACUAUAAAGAAAAUAAGGAAAUUUACAAAAGUUAUCUGCCAACCAAAGAUGCCCUAUGCUACGGCUUGUGAUCCUCUUAAAGGACCAUGUUUGUUUCGUAUUAAAGAUGAUCCAUGUGAAUUGAAUAAUUUAGCACAGAAUUAUCCGCAGCAAACUCAACUGAUGGCCUUACUUGUGGAAGAGUACAAAAAGAGGUCGCUGUAUCCGAUAAACUUACCUGAUGAUCUUGAAAACUGCGAUCCGAACAAGUACAAUGGGGUAUUCACGUGGUGGCUCGAUGAAAGGCCGAAGAACUCCAAAGAAAUGCUUUUUCGCACAAACUAUUUCGUGACGGAUAAUGAUCUAGAAAGAAUUGAUCGUUAUCCACCAAAUCAUGAUUAUCCCGGAAGUUAUCCAGCGGCUCCAGCGGACUAUCCAGGAAAUUAUAUUCAGGGUUACGCAGAUCGUUAUAUAGGAAGCUAUCUAGAAAAAAGUUCAGGAAACACAGGAAGUUAUCCAGUUGCCCCUUAUCGAGAGCUGCUUAGUCCAGAAUUAUUAAAUGAAGAUGAGAAUUAUCGAUGUCCUAAUUGCAAACCAAGUUAUCCCAAACAGUCACUUCAUCUUUAUCCGGGAAAUCAUAAUCCGGAUAUCCAUAAUCCGGAUCAUCAUCAUCCGGGCAAUCACCAUCCUGAAAAUCAUUAUCCAGGACAUGAACAUCAACACUAUCAUCCACCUUGUUGUUAUAGUCAUCAACAACCUUCCAACUACAAUCAUGGCUGCCAUUAUCAUGAAAACCAUUAUCCAUGCCAAUACUGUUAUCCACGCUACACACGUCAGUAUGUGGAUAGAAAUGGAAAAUCUACUGAAUAUACAGAUGAAAAUUCUCGUUUCUUAUGGCACAAACAACCAGUUUAUUUUUAUCCAUACCCGGUGUAUUAUACGCCUACACCAUAUCCUACAACUACAACUACACCUUAUCCAACUACUCGUUCAACGACUACAACACCUUUACCUCCAAGUCAUCCACCUGUGCGACCAUUGCCAUGCUGUCCUUGUGCAUGUUGCAUUAUCCCACAUCCUCCACCUACAACAACUAAACCACCAACUACGCCACAUCCACAUCAUCCGCAUUAUCCAACCCCGUGCAAUUAUCCACAUUAUCCACCUCCAAAGCAUCCUAAGCCGACGCAUCCCACAUAUCAUCCUUCUACUAAACCUCCUCUGGCCUCUCAUCCACAUCAUUAUCCAGUGGCAGUUUAUCCUGCCCCUUAUCCUUAUCCAACUGUCAAUAAUGUGUCAUUUUCAUUCAAUUUCCCACCAUCAUUUCAAUAUCCCUUCGUACCGCUGCCAGGAAAUCCUCAAGGACCAACUAUCUUAACUCCUGUUCCACCAAUUACAACGACUCCACCCCCUCCUCCUUUUCCAACUCCACCAACAAAUAUUUUCUUCCCAUUUGAACCUCUCCUGAAUCAAUCAUUUGUUAUUACUACAACUCCUCCUCCUCCCAUUAAUGCCUUUGCGCCUAAUUUUACUUAUGUACCCAUCAUAAUACCUGGAAUGGGAAAUUUUUCACAAAUAGCCAUUGGAGUUCCUGUAAGUAAUGGGGCAACCUUCAAGUAUGGCAGGCAGAAUGAUGUAAAAGAGAAAGUUAAAUUAUUCCCUGAUCCACAUUCAUUUGGAAAAUAAAAUAAAAUGUUCUUUUUUUGUGUAAAA